ACUCCUCAAGAUUGUGAAUAGCUCCAUCCAGCCUGUGAAGCAAGCUGGACACUGGACGGCUGAACCAGGCCGCUCCCGGAUCGCCCUACAGACCCAUGCUACUGCUGGAGCCCUCCUCUGGGGCGGGGGGCCGCUGGCCUGGCCUCCUGCCCAUGCUCGUGGCUCUCCUUUGCAUGGCCUGGGCAGAGGUACGGCCACUCCAGCUGCAGGAGAAGCAGGCUCCAAUGCCCGGAGCCCUGAGCACAAAGGAGAGUUUCCUGCUUCUCUCCCUGCACAACCGCCUGCGGAGCCAGGUGCACCCCCCUGCAGCCAACAUGCAGAGAAUGGAUUGGAGUGAGAGCCUAGCCCGACAGGCUCAGGCAAGGGCGGCCCUCUGUGGUGCCCCUGCCCCAAGCCUGGCAUCCACCCACCAGGCCACUUCACAUGUGGGCUGGAAUGUGCAGCUGCUGCCUGUGGGCUCGGCAUCCUUUCUCCACGUGGUGGGCCUGUGGUUCGCAGAGGGCCAGAGGUACAGCCAUGCUGCGGCCGAGUGUGCCCACAAUGCCACCUGCACCCACUACACUCAGCUCGUGUGGGCCACCUCAAGCCAGCUAGGCUGUGGGCAACAUCCCUGCUCUGGGGACCAGGCCGAGAUGGAAGCCUUUGUCUGUGCCUACUCUCCUGGAGGCAACUGGGAGGUCAACGGGAAGACAAUCGCCCCCUAUAAGAAAGGCGCCUGGUGUUCGCUUUGCACAGCCAGCGUCUCAGGCUGCUUCAAAGCCUGGGACCAUGCAGGGGGGCUCUGUGAGGUCCCCAGGAAUCCAUGUCGCAUGAGCUGCCGGAACCAUGGACAUCUCAACAUCAGCACCUGCCACUGCCACUGUCCCCCUGGCUACACGGGCAGAUUUUGCCAAGUGCGGUGCAGCGUGCAGUGUGUGCACGGCAGGUUCCGGGAAGAGGAGUGCUCCUGCAUCUGUGACGUUGGCUACGGGGGAGCCCAGUGUGCCACCAAGGUGCACUUUCCCUUCCACACCUGUGACCUGAGGAUCGAUGGAGACUGUUUCAUGGUGUCUUCAGAGGCAGACACCUAUUAUGGAGCCAAGAUGAAAUGCCAGGGAAAGGGCGGGGUCCUAGCCCAGAUCAAGAGCCAGAAAGUACAGGACAUCCUCGCCUUUUACCUGAGCCACUUGGAGACUACCAACGAGGUGACCGACAGGGAUUUUGAGACCAGGAACUUCUGGAUCGGGCUCACCUACAAGACCGCUAAGGACUCCUUCCGCUGGGCCACUGGGGAGCACCAUUCCUUCACCAGUUUUGCCUUUGGGCAGCCUGACAACCAGGGGUUUGGCAACUGCGUGGAGCUGCAGGCCUCAUCCGCCUUCAACUGGAAUGACCAACGUUGUAAAACCCGAAACCGCUACAUCUGCCAGUUUGCUCAGGAGCACAUUUCCCGGUGGGACCCAGGGCCCUGA